ACGGGAUGCAUGAACUGAACCGCCACCCUCCCCCGCAAAAAGGCGGUCAAUUGUUUCUCCUCGGGGCAUCAACCUGGUUCUUGGAAUCUGGACCCUUUCGUGGAACUUUGGAACCGCUGGAUGCUCGCUCCUUGGCACCAACGGCUGCUCUUCCGAACCCCCCGGCUCCAUCUGAUCGAACAUGGCGCCGUAUCGACGGGCCAUCCCGCCCCUCCGCCAGUGUCCUGUACCGUGGGAGACACCUAACGACAACACCAUGGAGAGAAACCUUGCAACCACACUGAAAAAGCCUAUGCCCGAGGUGGAGAUGAAGUACCAGAAACACACACUCCAAACCAGGCUCUCGGAACAUCGCCAAGGUUCCAUCUACCACACUUGA